UUAAAUAGAAGAAGCAGCCCUCUAAAGUCCAACUCGUAAAGAAUCCAAACAAACAAAAACUCGCAUUAGUAUAUGCACAAUAUUCUACCAAAAACAUGGCUAGAGCUUCCCAUGUUACAGUUUCUCUACUACUCCUCCAAACUUUGGCCGUAAUCCAAUUCUCUCAUGCUGCUGGGGGCAUUGCCAUCUACUGGGGCCAAAACGGCUUCGAGGGAAACUUAGCACAAACUUGCACUACCGGAAGAUAUUCCUUUGUCAACAUAGCUUAUCUCAACAAGUUUGGCAAUGGCCAAACCCCGGGGAUCAACCUCGCUGGCCACUGCAACCAGGAAACUUGCGCCACCACUAGUGAAGGCAUAAGAAGUUGCCAAAACAAAGGGAUCAAAGUAAUGCUCUCCAUUGGAGGAGCUGAAGGAGCCUACUCUCUUGCAUCUCCAGCAGAUGCAAAAAACGUGGCAGAUUAUUUGUGGAACAAUUUCUUGGGUGGUACAUCAACUUCUCGUCCCUUAGGCGAUGCCGUUUUGGAUGGUAUAGAUUUUGACAUUGUACAGGGUUCGAACAAGUAUUGGGAGGAUCUGGCCCGCAACCUAAAGGCAUAUAGCAGAGUAGGAAAACCUGUAUACUUGACUGCAGCUCCUCAGUGUCCACUUCCUGACAAUUUCCUUGGAAGUGCUCUUAACACAGGUCUGUUUGACUAUGUUUGGGUUCAGUUUUACAACAAUCCUCCUUGCCAGUACUCAAGUUCGGGUGAUGUUAGUAGUCUUUUGAGAUCAUGGAGCCAGUGGACUACAUCGAUAAAGGCAGAGAAGAUUUUCUUGGGCUUGCCGGCAGCACCUGAGGCAGCUUCCACUGGAAAAGGGUUCAUUCCACCUAAUGUUCUGACUACUCAAAUUCUACCGGUGAUAAAGAAAUCGCCCAAGUAUGGAGGUGUAAUGUUAUGGUCCAAGUUCUUUGAUGACAAAACUGGCUACAGUUCAGCUAUCAUUGGAAGUGUGUGACUUUGUAGGUGUAUUUCAUUUCAAUAAAUAAAUAUGUUGCUAUGUAGUACAAGUUAUGUACGUAAAGAGUAAUUUUCUAUUUCGCUUUGGGAUUUGAUCACCAACGACAUUGGCUCCACGGUCGUGGGGACCAAAGGUAAUGUCGUCGUCUUGUUUUAAUCGAGUAAUAACAAAAGUGUCAACUUGAGAGACGAAUUCAAUA